GGAGAAGGCGGAGGAGGCAUUCGCUCCCCGCGGGGCCGAGCCGGACGUGUCUUCUUGCCCCCCUCCCCCCGGUUCACCGCUGCCGCCGUGUAGUUGGCGCCGUUGCCCCGGCCAGGAGUGAGCGUGGUGUCGGCGGAGGGAGAUGGCCCGGGAGCGCCGGCGCCAGUAACGGGGAGGUGCUGAGACUCGCCGAGGGCGCUUGGGGCCCUGGUGCCGGUAGUCCGCCCGCCUCUCGCGGCCGCUCUCCUCCCUCCCCGACACACACUCACAGGCCGGGCAUUGAUGGUAAUGUAUGCGAGGAAACAGCAGAGACUCAGUGAUGGCUGUCACGACCGGAGGGGGGACUCGCAGCCUUACCAGGCCCUUAAGUAUUCAUCGAAGAGUCACCCCAGUAGUGGUGAUCACAGACAUGAAAAGAUGCGAGACGCCGCAGAUCCUUCACCACCAAAUAAAAUGUUGCGGAGAUCUGAUAGUCCUGAAAACAAAUAUAGUGACAGCACAGGUCACAGUAAGGCCAAAACUGUGCAUGCUCACAGAGUUAGAGAGAGGGAUGGUGGGACCAGUUAUUCUCCACAAGAAAAUUCACACAACCACAGUGCUCUUCAUAGUUCAAAUUCACAUUCUUCUAAUCCAAGCAAUAAUCCAAGCAAAACUUCAGAUGCACCUUAUGAUUCUGCAGAUGACUGGUCUGAGCAUAUUAGCUCUUCUGGGAAAAAGUACUACUACAAUUGUCGAACAGAAGUUUCACAGUGGGAAAAACCAAAGGAGUGGCUUGAAAGAGAACAGAGACAAAAAGAAGCAAACAAGAUGGCAGUCAAUAGCUUCCCGAAAGAUCGGGAUUACAGAAGAGAGGUGAUGCAAGCAACAGCCACCAGUGGGUUUGCCGGUGGGAUGGAAGACAAGCAUUCCAGUGAUGCCAGUAGUUUGCUCCCACAGAAUAUUUUGUCUCAGACAAGCAAACACAAUGACAGAGACUACAGACUGCCAAGAGCAGAGACUCACGGUAGUUCUACGCCAGUACAGCACCCCAUCAAACCAGUGGUUCAUCCAACUGCUACCCCAGGCACUGUUCCUUCUAGUCCAUUUACGCUACAGUCUGAUCACCAGCCAAAGAAAUCAUUUGAUGCUAAUGGAGCAUCUACUUUAUCAAAACUGCCUACACCCACAUCUUCUGUCCCUGCACAGAAAACAGAAAGAAAAGAAUCUACAUCAGGAGACAAAUCUGUAUCACAUUCUUGCACAACACCUUCCACGUCUUCUGCCUCUGGACUAAACCCCACAUCUGCACCUCCGACAUCUGCCUCGGCAGUCCCUGUUUCACCUCUUCCUCAGUCACCGAUCCCUCCUUUGCUUCAGGACCCAAACCUCCUUAGACAGUUGCUUCCUGCUUUGCAAGCUACCCUGCAGCUUAAUAAUUCUAAUGUGGAUAUAUCCAAAAUAAAUGAAGUUCUUACAGCAGCUGUGACACAGGCCUCCCUGCAGUCUAUAAUUCAUAAAUUCCUUACUGCUGGACCAUCUGCCUUCAACAUAACUUCUCUGGUUUCUCAGGCUGCUCAGCUCUCCACACAAGCCCAGCCAUCGAAUCAGUCUCCAAUGUCUCUAACAUCUGAUGCAUCAUCCCCAAGAUCUUACGUGUCUCCAAGGAUAAGCACACCUCAGACUAACACCGUCCCUAUCAAACCUUUGAUUAGUACUCCUCCUGUUUCAUCACAGCCAAAGGUUAGUACUCCAGUAGUUAAGCCGGGACCAGUUUCCCAGUCAGCCGCUCAGCAGCCUGUACCUGCUGAGAAGCCACAAGGUCAUGAACCUGUUUCCCCGCGAAGUCUUCAGCGCUCGAGUAGCCAGAGAAGCCCGUCGCCUGGUCCGAAUCCUCCAUCUAGUAGUAACGCACCGAGUGCAGCGGUUGUGCCCCAGAAUUCAUCUGCCCGACCUUCGUGUUCGUUGACACCUACGCUAGCCGCACACUUCAACGAGAGUCUCAUCAAACAUGUUCAAGGGUGGCCCGCAGAUCAUGCAGAGAAGCAGGCAUCAAGAUUGCGUGAAGAAGCCCAUAACAUGGGAAGCGUUCACAUGUCAGAAAUAUGUACUGAAUUAAAAAAUUUAAGAUCUUUAGUCCGAGUAUGUGAAAUUCAAGCAACUUUGCGAGAGCAAAGGAUACUAUUUUUGAGACAACAAAUUAAGGAACUCGAAAAGCUAAAAAAUCAGAAUUCCUUCAUGGUGUGAAGAUGUGAAUAAUUGCACAUGGUUUUGAGUACAGGAACUGUAAAUCUAUUGCCCAGUCUUAACAUUUUUGAGCUGCAUUUAAGUAGACUUCGGACCGUUAAGCUGGGCAAAGGAAAUGACAAGGGGAUGGGUCUGUGAGAGUCAAUUCAGGGGAAGGAUGAAAGAUUGAUUUGUAAACCCUUGACAUGUAGAUUUCUUGUAGAUGUAUUCUUCACGUUGUAAAUACGUUUUGUAGAGUGAAGCCAUGGGAAGCCAUGUGUAACAGAGCUUAGACAUCCAAAACUAAUCAGUGCUGAGGUGGCUAAGGAACUAGCCUUUUACAUGUAAACCUGUCUGCAAAAUUCGCUUUUUUUUAAAAAAAAAAAAAAAUGGGGGGGUUAAUUUAUCAUUCAGAAAUCUUGCAUUUUCAAAAAUUCCGUGCCAGCGCCAGGCGAUCUGUGUCUGAGGAUACGAUUUGGAACCGUUUGGGCAGUGUACAAAAUAUCAUGAAACAACUGUUUCCACACUUGACCUGAUCAAGAGCAGUGCUUCUCCAUUUGUUAUGCAGAGAAAUGUUUUUCAUUUCCCGUGUGUUCAUUUCCCUCUGAAAUCCUUGAUCUGAUUUUAUCCAUUUUUUUAAGGCUCCUCUUUUUCUCCUUUCUUAAGGCACUGUUGCUAUGGCACUUUUCUAGAACCUUUUCAUUCCUGUGUACAGUAGCUGAAAAUUGCAGUGAUUGAGCAUAACCCACUUGUUUGUAUAAAUUAUUGAAAUCCAUUUGCACCCUGUGAGAAUGGACUGAAAAGUACUGCUGGGCAUGUGUGCUGAAAGUACAUUGUCUGCUCAACUGUAAGCAAGUAGCCCCAGGAACGUGGGUGUGGGGGGAGAGGAAAAAGAGCUAGUCAGAUGUGGAUUGUAUCUGUUGUAAUAAACAUGUUAAAACAAA